AUGCUAUGGGAUGGUAUUCUAUACUUCAUCGUCCUUCAAGUCCUGAAUGUCCUUCAUCUCGUUUUCACCGAGCUUUCCAUCAUUAGUUCAUACGGCCUGAGCGACAUUUCAAUAUUCACAUCCCACCUGACAUCUGUAAUCCUCUCCAACUUCCUCAUGGAUCUCCAACAAUCGUACCAGAAAAACGUUAACUUGGACACAGACGAUCCCCUCCACACUUCGCAUAUUUCUACGCUGCGCUCGGAUACUGCGUCUUACAGCCUUGGGCCGCUCGGCGCGAUCAUAGGUCCCGAUACAUAUCCGGCAGAUGCGGAGCUAGAAGACAUGACAACGGCAUAG